CUGGCAUGCCUGGAGUUGGUGGAGUGGUGCCUGGUGUCGGAGCUGUCCCAGGAGUUGGAGUUGGAGGGCCAGCAGCUGCAGCUGCGGCAGCGAAGGCGGCAGCGAAAGCAGGAGCCUUUGGUGCAGGAGUCCUGCCUGGGGUUGGUGGCAUCCCAGGCCUAGUGCCUGGUGUUGGCGGAGUCCCCGGCUUGGUGCCUGGCGUCGGAGGUGUCCCCGGGGUGGCAGGAGUUGGGACGCCGGCGGCAGCAGCAGCAGCGGCAAAGGCAGCUAAGUUCGGAGCCGGUGUUGGCGUUCCUGGUGGAGUUCCUGGCAUUGGAGGUGUACCUGGAGUGCCUGGUGUGCCUGGCGUGCCUGGUGUGCCUGGCGUGCCCGGUGUGCCUGGCGUGCCCGGUGUGCCUGGUGUGGCUGGAGUCCCCGGUGUGGUGCCUGGUGUUGGUGCUGUCCCAGGAGUAGGUGCUCCAGCAGCUGCUGCAGCUGCAGCAAAGGCUGCGGCAAAGGCCGCAGCAUUUGGAGCAGGGCGCCUGCCAGGAGUUGGUGUGCCUGCUGGGGUUGGUGGUCUGGUGCCUGGAGAAAUAGCAGGAGCUGGAGGCCCAGCUGCAGCAGCUGCUGCUGCCAAAGCAGCCGCCAAAGCAGCCAAGUACGGAGCAGGAGUCCUGCCUCCCGGCGUGGGUGCCCUGGCUCCUGGCGUGGGUGCCCUGGCUCCCGGUGUGGGUGCCCUGCCUCCCGGUGUAGGUGCUCUGGCCCCUGGUGUGGGUGCUCUGGCCCCUGGUGUUGGUGCCAUCCCAGGAGUCGGAGCUCCGGCAGCAGCGGCAAAAGCAGCAGCUAAGGCAGCCAAAUAUGGUGUUGGGGUCGGAGGGGUGCCAGGAGUGGUGCCUGGGGCUGCUGGAGUGCCAGGAGUGACGCCUGGAGUCGGUGCUGUGCCAGGUUUGGUGCCGGGCGUGGGAGUACCCGGUACUGGCAUUCUCCCUGGAGCAGGCAUCCCCCAAGUAGGGGUGCAGCCUGGUGCUAAGCCUCCCAAAUUUGGAGUUCCCGGGGCCGGAGUCCCAGGGGUCGGCGUCCUCCCAGGUGGUCUCGGAGUUGGUGGCCUUGGAGUUGGCGGCCUUGCACCCGGUGGCCUAGGGGCUGGGCUCUUGUUUCCUGGGGCUGUUGGCAAACCUCCUAAAGCAGGUUUUGGUGCUGCGGGGCUGCAGCCAGGGGUUGGAGUUCCUGGUUUUGGUGUGUCACCGAUAUUUCCAGGAAAGCCCCCCAAGACCUACGGUGGGGCCCUGGGAGCCCUGGGAUUUAGAGGUAAGUGCUGCUGCUGCUGUGUGCCCCCAGCUGCGCUGGGCAGCUCCAGAAAGCAAAUCCCCUAAACGGGCACGAGAGUUGCUGCUUGCCAGCCCGGGCUCCCUGCCCUCUUGGGAGACGGGGACAGUCCUAGCAGGAUGACAGACGCCCAUGCCGGGGCGGGCACCCGCACCCUUCUGCCAACACCCAGCGCAG